CACCUGACUGAACCAGCACUGAAGCGGAACGUUGUAGGAUUUGCAGUUUCACUUUUGUGUUUGGGCAUAGUUUACGGCUGUAGUUGGCGACUGUAAGAGCUGUAGUGUUUUCCGGGUGUUUGUAGUUGCUCAGUCGUGCUGUGGCAAGUGUCAGGUCACGUUAAAGUACAGUUUCGACUAGCGAAAGAUGUAAAAUUAGCUACUCUGUUUCUUCAUUGCAAAGCUUACGUUACAUACACUUCCUCGUCAAAAGAAGAACUACAAGUUACCUUCACUUGAAUAUAGCAAAGGAUAUUAUUGGUACUAUGGCUGCGGAAGAAGCUGUGUUUUUAGAUUAUAAGAAGAAUACCUGCAAUUACAAGGGCUACAGGCAUGCAGCACAUGCUUUAAUUUAUUGUAAAAUGGCUCCAAGCAAUGAGAAAAUGAAACAUGCGGUUAUGAUGCAGCUUAGAUUUGACGGGACCUUAGGAUUUCCUGGUGGCUUUGUAGACGGUGGCGAGAACCUUGAAAAUGGACUUAACCGGGAGCUUUAUGAAGAAAUUGGUCUUACCCAAGCCAACCAUUUUACUGAGACUGAUUACUUUGGCUCUUGGUAUCAUGAGCAUAUUAGACUAAUGGACCAUUUCUAUGUUAAAAAACUAACUGAAAAUGAUUUCGUUAAAUUAGAGAACAGAACUUUAGAAUGUCAUGACUGGGGUGGGGAAACCAUGGGAAUAAUUCGUGUCCCGUUGCAGAAAUCGUCAAAAAAUCCGAAUUUCUAUAGUUUAAGUCAAUUUUUUCAACAUAAUUUUAUCGGCAAUGCAAAGCAUCAGUUAAUACAAGUUUUAGUUGAAAAGAAUAUUUUACCUGCUGUAGAUGUACAAGAUGCAUCUGUAAACCUGAUCAAUAAUGUUUGAUGUAUGUACUAUGCAAUUUAUUUGCUUUUAAAUUUUAAUCACUUUGUUUAAAUACUAUUGUACUGUGAAUAUUAUUGAUCAACAGUAUAUUUCAUGUCACUGUCUUGAGCUUUCAAUAU